UGUGUGCUCACCCCAACCCCCCACCUUUUUCUUUCCUCCAGUACAGAAAUUAAGCAGCAUCCAACAUAGGCCUACUCUUACGACAUGUGACUUUACUGUUUUCCGUUUUUGUUGAAAGAGUCAUUAACAGUUAGAAGUUGAUGGCAGUUUCAAUAACAAGUCAUCACCGAGAAAAGAGAAUGUGUUCUUCUGCAACUGUAUAAUUAAAGACCAAAAGCAUUAGUGAAGUUCAAGUUUUGGCUUGAGAUGUCAAAGAAAGCAAGAAAUUAAGGACAAGGAUAACACUUUAAUAUGCAGAAAUCUACAAACUCUGAUACCUCUGUGGAACCACUGAGUUUCACCUGCCAAGGCAUAGGAGCUGUGCAAAUGAGAGUCAAAAAUGCCAACAGCCACCAUGACAGACUGAGCCAAAGUAAAUCCAUGAUACUCACCGAUAUUGGGAAGGCCCCUGAACCCAUAUCUCGGCACAGAAGAAAUCAUUCACAGCAUGUCUUGAAAGAUAUCAUCCCUCCAUUGGAACAAUUGAUGGUUGAAAAAGAAGGCUAUCUUCAAAAAGCUAAAAUUGCCGAUGGAGGAAAGAAACUAAGGAAAAACUGGGCUACUUCCUGGAUUGUUCUUUCUAGUCGAAAAAUUGAAUUUUACAAAGAAUCCAAGCAACAGGCUCUGUCUAAUAUGAAAACUGGAAACAAACCAGAAAGUGUGGAUUUGUGUGGAGCACAUAUUGAAUGGGCCAAAGAAAAAUCAAGCAGAAAGAAUGUCUUUCAGAUCACAACAGUAUCAGGAAAUGAGUUCCUUCUACAGUCAGAUAUUGAGUUCAUCACAUUGGAUUGGUUCCACGCUAUCAAAAAUGCAAUUGACAGAUUGACUGUAUUAGGAUUACUUGGUUACAUAUCCAAACGCCACAGACAAUGUGCAUUUUAUCCACUACAGUUAAAUCCAGCACUGCCAUUGUUCAGACUGCAUCAUAGUGCUUCCGAUACAAGCGACAAAAACCGAGUUAAAAGCAGAUUAAAGAAGUUUAUUACCCGAAGACCUUCCCUGAAAACUCUGCAGGAAAAAGGACUUAUUAAAGAUCAGAUUUUUGGCUCUCAUCUGCACACAGUGUGUGAACGUGAAAAUUCCACGGUCCCGCAGUUUGUAAGGCAAUGCAUUGAAGCUGUAGAAAAAAGAGGCCUAGACGUUGAUGGAAUAUAUCGAGUUAGUGGCAAUCUGGCAACAAUACAGAAGUUAAGAUUUAUUGUCAACCAAGAAGAGAAGCUGAAUUUGGACGACAGCCAGUGGGAGGACAUCCACGUUGUCACCGGAGCACUGAAGAUGUUUUUCCGGGAGCUGCCUGAGCCGCUCUUCCCUUACAGCUUCUUUGAGCGGUUUGUGGAGGCGAUCAAAAAGCAAGACAACAAUGUAAGAAUUGAAACUAUAAAGUCUCUGGUCCAAAAACUCCCUCCACCAAAUCGUGACACCAUGAAAAUCCUCUUCAGACAUCUAACUAAAAUAGUGGCCAAAGCCUCUAAGAACCUCAUGUCCACACAAAGCUUAGGGAUUGUGUUUGGACCUACCCUUCUUCGAGCCGAAAAUGAGACGGGGAACAUGGCAGUACACAUGGUAUACCAAAACCAGAUAGCUGAGCUCAUGCUGAGCGAGUACAAUAAGAUCUUCGGCUCAGAGGAAGACUGACAGACAAGACAAGUUACUGAAUAUGUUCACAUCUGUCUUGAUGUCUAAUAUUUUUACAUUUCUGUAAACAUACUUCUGAAAUAUUUUUUUCCUUUCAAGCGACAGAUGCCUCAUUUUGUGAAAACUUAAUGAUGAUUGUGUGUUUAAGUUCCAAACAUUUGAAUAAAAUAAUUGACAAUAUUUACCUAUAUGUGUUCUACAUUAACCCUUUCAGUGCUGUUACUUCUAGCACUUCUGGGCACAUAGUAUACAAGCCCUGUGCUAUUAAAUAAUGUGCAAAGUACAGCAAACAUCCAAAAGAUCGCUUGAACGCUGCUCCCUGGCAUUGUGUGUGUGCUUGUGUAUGUGUCUGUAGAUGUGUGAGUGGGUAUCAGUGCCGUUGAGAGUGUGGGUAUGUGUAUACACUUGUGUGCCUUCUUAUUCCUCAUGCUGCCUCGCCAUGUGUGCAUACUCCUGUUUGCACGUGGGUGGAACCAAGAGAAGCUGGAAGGCAGAAGCUAAUAAUUUUAAAAUAGAAUAAAGGAGAUCAGGUUCUCAACCAAAAUAGACAUAUUUCAUCUUAUUAGAACAUUUUUGUAUAUGUAAAUAUAGCUUAGCUAUUCUCAGUGCUGUACAGUGGAAGCUAUAAAAACAACAUGUAAACAACAUGUUGAAUGACAAUUUUUCCAAAGAAAAAUGACAGUUCAAAACAUUUGCCAUUGGGUAUGAUUUUUAAUACAUACUAUUUGCAGUCCCAUAAACAUACUAUCUUAUAAAUUAGAAGCAAAAUUAGUGCCCUGAUAUUUUGAUCUUUAUAUUGUACAGGAGUUGUAUGACUGCUCAUUUUUAAUGUGAACAUCCAUUUUGAAUCUUCAUCAAACUGCACAUCUUCCUAGUCCCUGGCUAGGUCAUUUUAUGUAGAAUUUUUAUUAUGCUUCUGAGGAUGCUUUAUUGGUGAAUUAUAUUAAAUCCAUUUAGAAAGAACUUUUUUAAAAGGCUUUUUUUCAUAUGCCCUAAAGAUUACUUGACUAGGCUUGAAUUGGUUUAUCCAUUUGAUGGUUAGUUUCAGUUGUCAUGCAUAAACAAAAGGGUAACUGUCUAGAAUAUAUCAAACAUUGUUUUAUUUUGAAAAGUAUGUUCUAGCUGAACACAUCUCACACUGGGUUUUGUGAAAGUGUUCUGCUGAUAAAAAUGUAGACUUAUGUUUGACAGCUUUUUUAAUCAAAUUGAAACGGAAUAAAUAAAACUAAUCCAGUGCGAUAAAGAGUAAGUCUAGUUAUCGAUUUGCUCAUAAAAUGAAAAAUAAAGCAUGUAAAUAAAACGCGUAAAACAUGGAUCCAAGAGCAAACAUUGAGAGCAAUAAUGAGCUCAGAGGCAUAGGCUGUCUGGAUAAAUGGGAUAUACGGGGGAGGGUGAGGAUCUGCUUAAGAGAUAGCCAGAGUGUGCUCGAAGCUCCAGCAUCCACAGAGAUGCUUAAGGAAGGAGAGGGUUUCCUUGUCCCUCUUGAAUGUCUUCAUUUUGGCAGUGACGCCAGUAAAUGGACUCAUGGCCAAGAGCAGAGAAGCAAUCACACUAAAGGCUGAAGUAUGGUUAAAUCGAGUGGGACAUAUACACAUACCACAAAGCCAAGAACAGUCACCUGAGGUGGAACCCCAUAAUCUAAAGUCAUCGAUAAUAGUGAGCUAACAAACCUGCUAGCUUGAAGCUCUUCAUAUAAGUAAAGUUGUACUGAUGCCUUUGAUGAAAACAUGGAGACAUAAAAGAAGAAUUUCCCACAUUCUAUUUCAGGUCCUCCCCAUACCCAUGACAUUCCAUAUUCCUCAGUAUGUCUUCCCCAAGCCUUUAAUUAUUUCACUUUUGGAAGAGAGGAGGAGUAGAUAUAGCAGUUCUAGGAUUAAAAUCUCAUCUUUUCACACAUACCCAUCUUGAAAGUCAUUAUGGGAGCCUCAGCCAGAGAAAAACAGCACUAAAAGCCAAAGAAAAGUGGCCUUACCUGCUCUGAGCAGGGACUCACAGUCCCUUAUCUCUGCUGCUUUCCAGAUUUGUAAUCUUCAAAAGCACCGGCUUCUUGAUUUUCAAUCUGAUGGGAUUUGGCCUGAUUCAAACCCCAGCUGUGUCCUGUCCCUGCCUGCUAAGGGCGUUUAAUCAGAGACUGUGUUCCCUCUCUGGGGAAAGAGCAUUCCAAGGUCCUGAGCCAAAGUGCCCAUCACAGGGUCUGACUUGUACACACUAAAGACAUAGAAAGGGUUAAGCCAAAAGGUCAUUAGAUUCCAUAACAUCUCAAAGACCUCAACAAUGGUCAGAGCAACUGUUCCAAGUUUAAAAGCCACGCUUUUAAGCAUACUAGGUCCACUCAAUAAGAGGUUAGAUUUUAUGAAACUCGUCAAUAUGGAAAGCCAAUGAGCAUUUUUAAUUACCUAGUUUGAACCAGACACAAUCCUAGACACUAG